AUGCACAGACGCUCGUCUGGCUCCCCUGUCGCGGACGACGAGGAUUCAGCCUCUCGCACCACCACACCUCCCUCCUCGGACGACCAUGGCUCCAACUCCAACGACUCCGCCAACGAGAAAUCGCGGUCGCAGAUAGCCCCCCGAGGCACCUCCUUCGACACUCGCCGCGACGGCAGCUCGACGCCGCGCUCCCGGAAUUCAAGCAUGUGGCGCACGCCGUCCUCCCAUCCGUCCAACGAUACUAAAACCAUGCCAUUGGCCUCGCCCCGGCUUCCAAUGGAGGCCCCUUCCCCCGAUGGCCGCCGCUGGAGACAGUCUCGCCUGCGUAGUCCCUGGUCCAGCUCCAUCCUCACGGCCUUCACUACCUGCGUCGCGAUCGCGUUUCUCAUCUCGAUUGUUCGGUCGUUCGCCGGUCGCCAGGUCGGAAGCAAUGGCUGCGGCGUGCCUAUGAUGAGCCCGACGUUUAUCAAGAUGUUGGAUUUUGACACGGAGCACACGCGGUUCGCCAGCAAAUACAACCUCUACUUGUACCGUGAGGAGGGCGUGGACCCUUACACCCAGGAUAACAUCGGAUUGAACGGCGUGCCGGUCUUGUUUCUUCCCGGCAACGCCGGCAGCUAUCGACAGGUCCGGUCACUGGCCGCCGAGGCCUCCCGAUACUUCUAUGAUGUGGUGCGGCACGACGAGGACCGGAUUGGGGCGGGCGCGCGCAGCUUGGAUUUUUUCAUGGUGGAUUUCAACGAAGACAUGGCGGCGUUUCACGGGCAGACAUUGCUGGACCAGGCCGAGUACGUGAACGAAGCCAUCGCGUACAUUCUGUCACUUUAUCAUGACCCCCGGCGGUCGCGGCGCGAUCCCGGGCUACCCGACCCCAGCGCGGUCGUUCUCAUCGGGCAUUCCAUGGGCGGCAUUGUGGCACGAACAUCCCUGACCAUGGCCAAUUACCAAGCCAAUUCAGUCAAUACCAUCAUCACCAUGUCGGCGCCGCACUCGAAACCCCCGGUGUCCUUUGACUCGGACAUCGUCCACACGUACAAACAGAUCAACGACUACUGGCGCGAGGCCUACUCACAGACCUGGGCGAACAACAAUCCCCUGUGGCACGUUACUCUGAUUUCCAUUGCGGGUGGCUCGCGUGACACCGUGGUGCCCUCGGACUACGCGAGCAUUUCCUCUCUCGUUCCCGAAACGCACGGCUUUACCGUGUUCACCUCCACCAUUCCAGACGUGUGGAUCGGCAUGGACCACCUGUCGAUCACUUGGUGUGACCAGUUCCGCAAGGCCAUCACCAAGUCACUGUUUGAUAUUGUUGAUGCUCGGCGCCCGAGCCAGACAAAGCCCCGAGCGGAACGCAUGCGGGUGCUGAAGAAGUGGUAUCUCACUGGACUUGAGUCUGUGGCGGAGAGGACGCUCUCGCAGAAAGAACCGAACACCCUCUUGACUCUGGAGGACAAUGCAAACACGAUACUUGCCCAGGGCCAACGUCUGAUCCUACGCGAGUUGGGCCAGCAGCAUGGGCCAGAUGUGCGCAUGUUGCCCAUCCCACCUCAGGGCGUAUCGGGCAAGAAAUUUACGUUGCUCACGGAUCAGCCACUCGAUAAGAAUAGCAACCUCGAAGUGCUCUUUUGCAGCGUCUUCCCACUGAGCAAUGGCCGGUCAACCGUCUUCGCUCUGAACUUGGAUUUUUCGGGAGGUACUGUGGGCUCGACCCGCCUCGCUUGCAAGAGCGCCGCCGACGAUGCUAUUCAUCUGCCUGCUUCCACGCGGCAAUCGCAGCAUCCAUUCGACCGCAACCCGCCAUUCUCGUAUCUUCAGUACGAUCUCGAGGACCUAGCCGAGCAUCAGUUUGUCGCCGUUGUGGAUAAAGCCAAUGCCCCUACUCAAGGAUUUGUGGUGGCUGAGUUUUCAGACAGCUCGGAUGCGAUGAUUCGUGCCAAAGUGGGCUUGGGUGGUCUGCUGAGUGCCGGCCUGAAGAUGCGUCUUCCUGCAAACCGGCCCAUGCUCACCGAAGUGAGAAUUCCGGCAUUGCAUUCCAGUCUCCUUGACUAUCGGCUCAAGAUCACGCGACACCCCCAGAGCCAGGAGUUGUUCGCUCCGCUUUUGCGGCAAUCCAUUAGCGACCCGCACGAGUCCAAGUUCUUUGUCAACGUCGAUGAUGUCAAUGUCAACCUCCACGGCAUGGCGCCAUUCAUGCCACCGCCGCUCCGCGACCAGGCUGCCUCGAAUGGUGUCUCGUUCCAGCUCUGGACUGACCCGAGCACCGGUUCGACGGUCGACAUCUCGCUACAGGUGGACAUCACCAGCAGUCUUGGUGAGCUGGUCAUGCGGUACCGCACUAUCUUCGCUGCAUUCCCGCUUCUGGUUGUGGCGCUUGUGCUUCGCAAGCAGUUCCAAAUUUACGAUGAGUCGGGAUAUUUCGUUCCCUUCACCGACGCCCUGGACCGUUCCAUCCGGUCCUCGCUUCCACUUUUGCUGGUCGCCAUGUCACUGCUUGCUUCCUCACUGGCUAGUCAUCAGACUCUCCCUCCAACGGACGACCCAUUCCAUUGGCGGACGAACUCCACCGAGACUCCCAUCGACUUUACGAAAAAUGACCUGUUGCUGGGAUCUCAAGAUACGUUCUUCUGGUUUCUGGUUCCGAUCUUCGGUCUCAUCAGCGUUGGCGCCUGCGUCGUUGUUAAUUACUUGGCUCUGGCCAUUGUCAACAUCUUUUCUCUGGCCUAUGGGGUCCUACACAGCAAAUCGGGCUAUAUCCGCCGUGAGGAACGAGCGUAUGCCGAGUACUAUUCCUUUGGAUGGACUUUUGCUAAUUGCAUCACUAGGAACCUGCCGAUUUUCAGCCCGCCCACUCCCCGACGGCGUAUCAUCCACACGGCGGUCCUCCUGCUUCUCGUCUCAACCAUCAUCCCCUACCAAUUCGCCUAUAUGGUGGCCUGUAUCGUGCAGCUAGCCACAUGCGUCCGGGCACAGUGGCACGCUAAAGAAACCAAGUCCGCAUCCCACCUCAAUUUCGGCAACUAUGCGCACUCGAUCUUGAUCCUGAUGCUGUGGGUCUUACCAAUUAACGUCCUGGUACUCCUGGUCUGGGCCCACAAUCUCGUGGUUCACUGGUUCAUGCCCUUCUCCUCGCACCAUAAUGUCCUCUCCAUAAUGCCCUUCCUCAUCUUGGUAGAAACCAUGACCAGUGGAGCUAUGAUCCCUCGCAUAACCACCCGCUUCAAGCACGUCACUUCGAUGAUCUUCUUCGCUAUCGCCAUUUACUCGGCGAUCUACGGAGUCUCCUACGCCUACCUCCUCCACCACCUCGCCAACCUGCUCGCUGCUUGGUUCGUGGGUCUCUAUUUAUUCGGAAACAAGCUUUCCCCGCGCCGCUUGUGGCGCAUUAUCGACGGCGAGGAAUACGCUCCUUCAGAACCGGGGAGUAGCCACGUCAAGAAGAAGCCAUGA